GGGAUUCGCGGUGGGCGCGGGCGCAGCGCGGCUGCAAAGGCUGGAGGCGCUGCGGCGCGAGUGCGUCACGCCGGCGGAGGGCACGGUGGGCUGCGGCCGACCCGCCAGCUAGGAGCCAGGCGUCCCGGGCGAGGGGGAGGCGGCCGCACCCGCCCUGGCAGCCGGGAGCUGCGAGGCCCGGGACCGGCCGGGGGUCGCCAGCGAGCAGCCGCCGGCUCCAUUCAUUCCCGCGGCUCCGCCUCCUUUUCCUGGCUCCGGUAGCUCCAGAGGCGCGUCGGAGAGGAUGGCAUUCCCUGUGGAUAUGCUGGAUAAUUGCAGUCAUGAGGAAUUGGAAAAUUCUGCUGAAGAUUAUAUGUCAGAUCUAAGGUGUGGGGACCCUGAAAACCCUGAAUGUUUUUCUCUUCUCAAUAUUACGAUUCCUAUUAGCCUGUCAAAUGUAGGCUUUGUACCUCUUUAUGGUGGAGAUCAGACUGAGAAAAUUCUUGCUCUUUUUGCACCUGAGGACUCACUCACAGCUGUGGCACUUUAUCUUGCUGAUCAGUGGUGGGCUAUUGAUGAUAUUGUGAAAACAUCUGUCCCUUCUAGAGAGGGGCUUAAGCAGGUGAGAACUCUUGGGGAGAGAGUGGUUCUGUAUGUUCUGAAUCGAAUUAUUUAUAGAAAACAGGAAAUGGAGAGAAAUGAGAUACCAUUCCUGUGUCACAGCAGUACUGAUUACGCCAAGAUUCUUUGGAAGAAAGGAGAGGCCAUUGGGUUUUAUUCAGUUAAGCCUACAGGAAGCAUAUGUGCCUCAUUUCUUACCCAAAGCUACCAGCUGCCAGUUCUUGAUACAAUGUUUUUAAGAAAGAAAUACAGAGGCAAAGAUUUUGGGCUUCAUAUGCUAGAGGACUUUGUUGAUUCCUUUACAGAGGAUGCGCUUGGCUUGCGGUAUCCACUCUCCUCUCUCAUGUACACAGCUUGCAAGCAGUACUUUGAAAAGUAUCCAGGAGAUCAUGAACUCCUUUGGGAGGUUGAAGGUGUUGGACACUGGUACCAGCGGAUACCAGUCACCAGAGCAUUACAGAGAGAAACACUUAAAAUUACAGCAGUUUCUCAAAAUGAAGCUAAAAGACCUAUGUCUGGAGAAUAUGGUCUUGCAUCUGUUCCAGAAUAUGAAGCAGAAACUGAAGACAAUCAGUCUAGUGAGAUGCAGCUAACUAUUGACUCUCUAAAAGAUGCCUUUGCAAGUACUUCUGAAGGUCACGAUAAAACACCGGUUUCCACUCGUACUCGAGGUAGUCAUCUGAAGCGACCAAAGAUUGGGAAGCGGUUUCAGGAUACUGAAUUUAGUAGUUCUCAAGGAGAAGAUGAAAAGACACCCCAGACUUCACCUACAGCUUCAAUAAACAAAUUGGAAUCUACUGCACGUACAUCAGAGAGCUCAGAAGAAUUCCUGGAAGAAGAACCUGAACAAAGUGUGAUUGAAUUUGAGGAUGAAAGCAGUGAUAAGGAUGCCCGGCCUGCACCGGAAACCCAACCACGCCUGGAAAAGCAAGAUGGUGAAAAGGAAUCUGAAUUAGAGCCUAUGAAUGGUGAGAUAAUGGAUGAUACUCUUAAAACCUCACUUAUAACUGAAGAGGAGGACUCCACUAGUGAAGUUUUAGAUGAAGAAAUAAAAUUGCAGUCUCUUAAUUCCAGCGAAGACUCUACUGCUCUUGUUCCACUGGUGGUAGAAUCUUCAAAACCCCCUGAUACUGUUGCACAGGAUAAGAUCUCGCAUAUAACUGACACAGAAAUGUUGCUGGACGAAGGCCCAUCUGAUGAAAAGGGACACACUGAAGAGAAACUGCCCCUAGUUUCAAGAAAGAAAGCACAUUUUGGGAGUUCAGACAAUGUGGCUACCAUCCCAAAUGAAGAACGAUCCGACAGUGGUUUUCCAAACUCUGUGAUAGCUGAAUUUUCUGAGGAAUCAAUCUCUGAAAAUUUAUCACCCAACACUACUUCUUCAUUGGAAGACCAGGGUGACGAAGGGGUGCCUGAGCCCCAGGAAACGUCUACAGCUCUUUCUCAGAGCUCUUUGAUAGAGGUUGAACUUGAAGAUGUGCCAUUUUCACAGAACGCGGGACAGAAAAACCAGUCAGAGGAGCAGUCCGAAGCGUCUUCUGAGCAGCUGGAUCAGUUUGCGCAAUCAGCAGAAAAAACUGUGGAUAGCAGCUCAGAGGAAAUAGAAGUGGAAGUGCCUGUGGUAGACAGGCGGAAUUUAAGAAGAAAGGCCAAAGGGCAUAAAGGACCUGCGAAGAAGAAAGCCAAGCUGACAUGAAUGAAGAAGAUUUGCAGAUGAUAAACCCUCUUCUUUGUAACGUAAUUGUUGUUUUUAAAAUAUGGUAAUUAAUAAAUGGCAUGGGGCACAGGGCAAAAAUUCCAAAAUUUCACUUUGAACUUAUUUAUGAUGCCGGUUUUCCGUCCCCCUUAGGACCUAGGAUUCACCCUUCUUUUUGAUUUUUCAGGCUAUUUUGUGUAAAUACAAUUUUUUUAUUUUUAUUAACCAUGUUUCAACUUUGGGAAACCAGAUCAUACUAUAUUUUCUUUAGCAGUUGGGGAUGUCUGGCCAUUAAUAUUUCAGAAAAUAUAAAUUACAGUGAAAGUAGUAGGCUUUACAUUACUUGUAAGGAUCACAGAAAUCUUUUAUACUAUGGAUUUUAAUAGUAAACUUGGUGAGGGUUCUAGUAGUUUUAUCUUAAAAC